AUGGCGACGAAAAUAAUUUCUUAUGAUGUUAAACCAACCAAAUUGAUUCCAAACUCGCCGAAGCCCCUUUUGCUUUACAAGGGUUGUUUUCUCCGGGAUGGGAAAGUCGAUGCUGCCCUUGCUUUCGACACUUUCCAUAAAAAUGGAUGGGAUACGCAGUGGUUCGUGACAUAUGGUCACUAUCAACGCUCACGCUACCACCCCGCUACUCAUGAAGCGAUGGUGGUCAUGUCUGGCCCUGGAAAAAUUCGUUGGGGUACUGCAGAUUUUGGUGAUGAUCCUGAAAAGCAUACAUACGGCACUGCAUCUGAGGAUGGUGCAUUAUAUACCGAUGUCGAAGUUGGGCACGUUUUUUGUUAUUCCAGCUGGUGUAACGCACAAAUCCUACGAUCUUAA